AUGUCGGACUCAGUGAGCGAUCUCUGUUGGAACAUUCAAUCGUAUAUGGGAGACAGUCUUGGACUAUGGAGUAGCUGCCGCUCCAUUACCGAGCGCAUGCCGUUCAUCCGCACGUUGGAACUGUCGUACGACAACCCCGUUCCCUUCGAUAACCCCCUUUCGUUCCUCUGCUCGAUGCUUCCACGCCUGGAGACUGUCAAACUGCCCUUGUAUGGCGCUACAGGCACCAUGUUAUGCGGUCUUUCAGGCCUUCGGCAGCUUCGAGAGAUCCAGCUCUCGACGCACCAGACCAGGAUAUCGAGCUAUCAUAAUACGGAGCCAUUGAGCAGGUUUGAUCCUGCUAGAUUUCAUUUACCACAUGACGCAUUCCCCGCGUUGGAAUCUCUGUCGUUCUCGUCGCCGACUGUCCCCGUUGCAUCAUCAUUCCUAUCCCAUCGAUGUUUCCACAGAAUCCCGUUGACGCGCCUCUUCAUUCGUGUGCCCUUGACGGUCGGCUUUCGUUCAAAGGAUGUGAAGGACUUCUUUACCCUACUUUCUCGGGAUAUGGCAUGGCUCGAGGAUCUCGAGCUUUGGUUCGUGCCUUCAAAGUCUGAGAUCCCAGCGCGGAUCAAACAGAUGGACAGGAUCACGGUGGAAGAUCUGGGAGGUGUCCGUGGGUUCACAGCCUUGAAGAAGCUGGCCUUCCAUCAUGCGUUCCCGCUCAAUGCGUCCAACGAAGAUUUUCGAUCCCUGGCGGCCGGGUUACCACAUGUGGAGGUUCUUAUUUUGAACCCUCAACCGACUAUCCUUCGUACAAGCGCGGUCAGUUUGGAGUGCUUGCCAUACUUUGCAGAGUUCUGUCCUGCUCUAAGGGAACUCGGCGUUUUUGUCAAUGGCAAUAUGCAUCUUCCCUAUCCAUCCGGCCAUCGAUUUGGUUCCACCGUUCGCUUUAUGAGAUUCGGCCGGUCCCCGUUACCUACGAUGGCUCAAUUCGACGCCAGACUUUCAUUUACUCGCCACAUCGCGUUUUACUUUUGUCGUUCGACCGCCUUUACCUCGAUGGAGACGUCAAUUCCUUGGGACGUCGAAUAUUAUAGAUGGGCGUCGUCAGGAGCAUUACUCACAGAGGUAGCGGAUUCGGCUGUCCAUGUGCUUUGCAAUCGCUUGAAAGAGAUCAUAGCCAUUGCCCGUGCGGUUAGAGACGAGAGAGAACGUUUGGAAUCCAAGGUCACCACGCUUCAGGCCAGAUUGCAGGAACUGCGAGAACCUUAA